CUCGGGGAUCGUGUCAAAGCUCAAAAAGUGGUGUUAACAGUCAUCGUCAACCUCCAAACCAUUCUCGAGGCAGACAAAAACAUUUAAGAAUAUUUACCGUGGUGGUCGGUAAGUUUUGGGGAUUGAAAUGGCAUGGAGACAAGAAGUAGUAAAUCACUCGUUUUUCACCGAGGUUUAAAUGUCCUUUUCCUUUUGUUGUUUCUUUCUCUCUUUUUUGACUCAUCUUUGGCUUUUCCCAUGAGCUUUUCCAGCACAUUCAUCUGGAUUGAUAAAAAAAAAAGACUUUUUUCAAAUACAAGUGUGAACUUGCUCGUAUUAUAUAGUGUCUACUACCUACCAAUUGCUUUUAACGUUCCAUAACCCUUAUAGUCGUUAAGCCUUGUGAACUGUUUCUGUUGUGACCAAUGAGCUCAAUUGCCGCUUCUAUCCUUCUUUUGUUUCUGCUCUUGCACCUCUCUGAUUCUCGUCACCUCGACAAUGUUCACAUCACUGCCAAGGAUCAAAAUGUUGUCUCUGGUUUGACACCUAAAGAACCGGUGGAGGUUUCUCGGUUUGUGCCGCGUGCAGUGAAGCACCGCCGUCAUCGGUCGCCGCUCUUAUUCGCAGAUUAUCCGAAGCCGUCCACACGGCCUCCGCGUCAUAACUGAAACCUCUCUCUUUUAGUUUUUCAUCUUUAGAGUUUUUUUGUAUGUGAGAGAGUAAAUAGGUCCUUGACAAUUUUCUUAUUAUGUUUCCAAAUGUGGAACUUUGUUUUUUUUGUGUGGAGUAUAAUAGAUUUCAUAUGUUUUCCUGACAAAAAUCUAUCCAUGACUGCUCUCAAAACAUCUCGAUUCUGACUACCUGGGCCCAUUUACUGGGUUGAAGCCCAAUUUUGGCUCAUUUACAGUCGUCUCCUAUUAGUUUUGUUUCCAGUUUUUUUGAUUGUUUCACUUCGCAAUGUUUGUCCACAACAUGAAUGAUUAAUAUCGUGUUCU